AUGAUAGAAAGCGACGCAGGCAGGGAAGAAGAGGGGGGGGGAAACGAGGCGCCUUCAUCGGAUGGCGAAUCGAGCGACGCGAGUUUUGGGCCCGCCCCGCUGGAGGCCUCCAGCCCGCGCGGAGGGGCGGCGCAGGAAGGAGAAGAUGAAGGAAACGCAACCGGUGAAGAGGGAGAAGUAACCAAUGAAAAGGGAGACGCAACCGCUGAAAAAGGAGACCUAACCGCUGAUGCUGAUGCAGACGCUGAUGCGGAGGCUGACGCCGCGCCCCAGCCGCGCUCGUCACGCCGCUUUCCCGGCGAUCGGCCAACCAGGGGCGCGAAGAAAAAGCGCCCGAACGACGACAUAUACCUGAAGAACCUGCCGACGAACAAGAACUACCAAGUGAGCUACAUGCACACGGACGUAGUGACGCACGUGCUGGUGAGCAACAAAAAAAAGUACAUAGUAACGGGAAGCGCAAACGGAGUGGUAAAAUUCUGGUACAAAAAUGUGGGGGCCAUCGAAUUUGUGAAACAUUUUAAAAUCCACUCGAGUGAAAUCAUUUGUUUAUUCCUUUCGGAAGAUGAGGAAGUCAUGGGCAGCUUAUCCAAAGAUAAGACGUAUAAACAAUUUGAUGUGAGUAGCUUUGACCUGAACAUAAUAAUAAAAUUAGACUUUUGUCCCCAGGCAGGCGAGUACGUCUACUCCUCUCACUUCUCUCCCACUGUGAAGGUAGCCAUUUCUUCCAGCGAAAAGGCGUGCAUAUAUAUUUACAAACCUCUAGAGAGUGACGUCUGCACACAGGUAAUUGACUUCCCCUCGAACGUUAUUCAAAUUAUUAAGUACAAUAGGGAGUAUGACCUGUGUGUGCUGAGCGAUAAUAGUGGCCUCAUAGAUAUAGUGGAUGUUGAGAGCUUUCAUUUCCCCAAGGGGGGGAGGAGCCAUACGGGUAGUGGGACCCAUCAGACAAAGGGGAGUCCCACUCGGGAUAGCCAAAGUGGAGAGGAAGUCCCCCCCACGGUUAGGAAAAGACACCAUCUGGGGAAGAAGCAACUCUCCUUUUCCUUCAAAAGCGAAACAGACCUAUACGAAUUGUGUAAAUACAAAACGUAUGCACUAUGUGUGAGCAUAAGUCCAGAUGGAGAGUUCAUGGCCAUCCUAUCUGAAACGUACUUUUUAUACAUUUACAAAUUUGGGACGAUGAAAAUGUAUAGAGUGUACGACGAAAGUACGGAGAUGUAUUUAACGGCCCAAAAUGACCCCCUAAAGAAGGAGCUACAUAUUGAUAGCCUCGACUUUGGGAAGAGACUGUUCAUAGAAAAAGAAAUAAAAAAACAUAUUAAAAGUAAAAAUAUAAAAUUAAAUAUGAUCACAUUUGAUGAGUCCAAUCAGUACAUCAUAUACUCCACCUUCAUCGGAAUUAAGGUCGUCAAUUUUGUUACCAACCAGCUGUGCUAUAUCAUUGGGAAGAACGAAAUGAAUCUCAGGUACCUAUCCCUUGGACUCUAUCAAAAAAUCAUUUCAGCCAAUAAAACUAGGGCUAACAUUCACGAGUCACUCUACAUUAAUGAGGAGAACAUCUCCGAUUGUGCUCUCUUCUGUACGGUGUAUAAGAAGGCGCGCUUUUACGUCUUCACGAAGAAGGCCAUCUCCGAACAGGAGCUGGACGACAGAGAUGUGUACAAUGAACAGCCGAGCAAAAAUGACCUGAACUCUUUCCUUUCGUCUCCCAUAAAGAAGGUAGAGCAGAGCAACAAAGAGUAUAGAAGCGCCAUCAUUUAUACCACCCUUGGCGAAAUACACAUUGCUCUUUUUCACAAAGAAUGCAAAAGGACGGUCGAAAAUUUUGCCAUACACUCGACAAAUGGCUACUACAACAACUGCAUAUUCCAUCGCGUUAUCAAAAAUUUUAUGAUUCAAACUGGAGACCCCUUGGGGGAUGGAACGGGGGGGGAGAGCAUUUGGGGGAAAGAAUUUGAGGACGAGUUUUUCGACCAUUUGAAUCACUCCAAACCGUUUAUGGUGUCCAUGGCCAACUGUGGACCCAAUACUAAUGGCUCCCAGUUUUUUAUUACCACUGUUCCGUGCCCUUGGCUCGAUUUCAAACACACCGUCUUUGGGAAAGUCACCCAGGGGACCAAGGUCGUCCUUGACAUAGAGAAAGUGCGCACGGACAAAAGGGACAAGCCCCUCGACGACAUCAAAAUUUUGAACAUCAAAAUGUGCCACUAG